UGUGUUUCCGUUUCCGACUGGAUUUUAAAUAGUGUCCUGUGGAACAUUAUAAUAUUAAUGUUUUGAAGAACAAACAUAACAGAAUAUGAAUCUCGUGACGUUUUUAUGGAUACUACAGGCACUUUGGAUUAAAGGUUGCCACAGCGCACAACAGUUUGAAGUGAAACCUAGUCCUGUAGAGGUGAAUCCUGGAGAUUCUGCGACCCUCACGUGUAAAGUCCACAACAGGCAAGGUGAAUGCGCCUGGCUAAAGGAUGGGAAGGUGAUGGGCCGCAUUGAUGCCAAGUACGAGUUCCUCAGGGAACCAGCGGAUGGUGACUGCAGCAUCCGCAUCCGCAAUGCUAAAAUUGAGGAGGACGAUGGUAACUGGCAGUGCCAAGUCACGCAAAUUUCGCUGACAGAGCCGACGCUGACAGCACCUGAUGUGAAAUUUACUGUGAGAGAACCUCCAAUGCCUCCAAGAAUUGAAGACAAUACCAACGUUUUACCAGCUGGAGAGCCUUACCCUACACAAGCUGGUAAAGCAAAGCGUCUGCAUUGCAUUUCUCGUAAAGGCAAUCCACCUGCUAAGCUGAAAUGGUUUGUGGAUGACACUGAUAUAACCACUAUGUCCAACCAAACGAACACGACAGACGUGGACAAAACCAAAACAUGGCAGGCUGUCAGCGUAUUGGAGUUCGUCUUCCAAAAGGACCAUAACGGCAAGAUGCUGAAAUGUGUUGCCAUCCAUGCUGCUUAUGAGACUUUGACCAAGGAAAUUAAACUGCCUUUGGAAGUGUUGUAUUUGCCGGAGAUUCGACUCGAAGGCCAGCCUACCAAAGACAUCGAAGAGGGCGAGAUGGUAUCCGUGAAAUGUGUCGCAGAUGCCAACCCCCAGGCAAAUGUCAUCUGGAAGAAGUCCGGCUACUCCAGCAUCUACGCUCUCAAGGAUCAAAUUGAAUUCCUGACUGUCAAGAGGUCCGACUCGGGAGUUUACAGCUGUUCCGCCUCCAAUGACGUUGGAACGAGUCACGAACUGGAAGUUAACAUUGACGUAAAAUAUAAACCUCAGAUUCUUAAGGUUUCUCCGAACCCGGGAGUUACGGUCACAGUGUAUAACAGUACAACUUUGGCUUGCGAAGCGGAAGGGAAUCCGCCUCCGAAAUACUCUUGGCUCCAGAAAAUGGGAGGGGAUCCGGUAGCUUGGCAACAAAGAGGACAUUCUGCAUUUCUACAUAUUCAAAAUGUCACAUACCAGUAUCAAGGGCAAUACAUAUGUGAAGCUACAAACAUUAUCAACGGGCAUCAAUAUAAAUCCACAUCGAAUGAAAUAUCAUUAGAUGUGACAGGAGCACCUCAAGUUUUGACAGACACUGCUCGAACAAAGAAACGAGUGGUGGUUGAAAAAGAUGAAGAUGCUGUGAUUGCGGUAUACUUCUGCUCAGAUCCCAGUCCGAGGAGGUCGUACUGGGAGUGGGGAAGCAUCAAACUCGAUUCUGGAGAAGUACACAUCCGCUACAUAGCUGAAAAAUUGCACAAAGAUGAAAGUACGAAAGACUGCUACGAAGCCAGACUCAUCGUGCGAGGCGUAGAUGGCAGUGAUUCAAGAAAAUAUACUCUAUACGUUGAGAAUGAACGCGGGAAAGAAACUUUUGCAGUAGCCUUAGAAGUCAGAGAGCCUGUAGCGAUGUCUGUCGUAAUCGGCAUCGUAGUUGGAUGCAUCGUGCUCUUACUCAUCAUAACUCUCGUCAUUUUGUAUCUCCUCAAGGCGGAAAGAAUGUGCUUCAACCGGAAACGGUUCAAACCAGAAAGUAGCGAAAGCGAUGCUGAGAGUGGAAGAUCAGCUGAUCUGAUCCAAAAUGGACGGUCAAAACCAGGAGCUAUACCUCCGGAUGCACUUUACUCUGCUUCGAAAAAAGGGAGCAAUAAUUCUCAAGAUAACAGACCGCUUUACGAAAAUGUCAAGCCGGAUCAAAACGACAAUCAAAAUGAAGCAUCUCUGGUGUAUGCUAGCUUAGAUCUACCCAAUCCAGUUUCACAACCGAGAAACGGACAUUCCAACAAAAAUAGACAUAAUCCACCUCAAAGAAGAGACAGGACUGAAUAUGCAGAAAUACAGUUCCAACCAAAACUGUACGAGCAAGCAUCAUUGUAGUUGGACAAAAGGACUUUUCCGACUCUUUGGCGUAACUAUGCCAAUUCGUGUACAUUCCACAACAGCGUGGGCUUCCAAAAAAAGUGUUGAAGCUAAAGAAGUUUGAAGACGAACUACGCUUACAUUAAAUGAGUGUCUUCAGUAAAUACUCGUGAAGUUAAAUAUAAACUUUUUAAAGCUUAGUAUGGCUCUGAUAACAAGAUGCCUGACCUCCGACGAGUUCAUUUGUUUAUAGGUUGAAAGAGGGGAAAUUCUUGCAAUGGCACAAAGCUAAUAACCGUUAUUAGCAAAGCAAACCAGCGUUCCUCACCCCUAUUUCAACAAAUGGAAUCGUUUAAUCCUACACCCAUCGGAAAUCAUCUUAUCAGAGUCAAACUUUAAUGAACUGUGCGAGCUUUGCUGCAUCUAAAUAUUUUUGUGAAUGUUAUAAGUCGUGUUUAAAUAUGAAGUCAACUUUAAGAUUUUGCAAUGAGGUUGAGGUAGGUUGUUUGUAAGAUACUUACAUUUUGAACUCCUACCGGCAUUAAACACAUUCGUAUCUUAAAAUAAUGUCAGUUAAUAUUACGAUACUUUUCAUGAGGAAAAUAGGUAUUUUUACGUUUGUAUCCUAAAUAACGAUAGUUUAAAAAACAAGUUUAAACUUGAUAUUAUAGUUAAUGAAACAAAAAAAAAACAAUAUCUGGCUAUGAACAAAUAAUAACUAAUAUAGUUAAUGAAACAAA